UUGACUGUGAUUUUGAAACUGACUUGUGCGCAUGGCAAUCAGUCCGAGGAACCAAUCGGUACCCAUGGGCUCGACAUACUGGGAGAACACUCAGCUGGGGAACGGGGCCGAACGGUGACUCCACAGGAUCUACUUCCGGAUCCUAUGUUUACAUGGAAACAUCUCAUCAAUAUGGGAAAGGACAAACAGCGUAUCUUGUCAGCCCUGAAGUAGCACCAUCCAACAGCUCGCACUGUCUGAGUUUCUUUUAUCAUAUGUAUGGCCGAACCAUGGGGAGCUUGACCGUUAACAUCAAAGACAGACAACAAAAUUCAGUGUUGUCAACAAUAACUGGAAAUCAAGGCAACUCUUGGCAUUACAAAGAAGUCACCAUUACGAGCCUUCGUACAUACCAGAUUGUCUUCGUGGGAGUGCGAGGAGAGUCCCAUCUUAGUGAUAUUGCUAUUGAUAACAUCAAGUUCAAAAAAGCUCCAUGCCAAAAAGUCCCAUGGUUGAAAUGAGAACCACCGCUUGCUAGUAGAAGAAAUGUCAUUCUGAAAUCUUAUGCGGGAUUUUGAAAAGCAAAAAAAAUAAUUCAAGAUGGCGGCAACUAUCAACUGUUAAUGCAUGUUAUCAUUUUAGUCUUUUUUGUUGGGUAUUAAUAAAUGGGGGAAAAAUACAUA